AUGAUACAUUAUCCUCAUCAAGAACUUCGUCUUUCGAAUAGUCGUUUCUCUUCAAUACUAAAACGAAAAAUCUCAUCUCGUCAUGAUCGAAUUUUUCAUUCAUCAACAACUAUGACUCAAAAUGAAUCAAUUUUACAACGUCUUUAUAGUUUCGUAUUUUCAGUUCUCGAUGAUCAUCCAUAUCCUUCAACACGAAAAGAAUUUCAUCGUCGUACUUAUGAAAUUCAACGAAAUAUUCGAAAUUUAAAUCUUUCUUCAACUCAACAAAAAUUUCUACAUCGUCUUAUGAUUGAAACAGGUGUUACUCUAGUCGAUCUUUGGCAAGGUUCUCAUAUUAUUACACUCGAUCAUGGUCAUCUAUACAAUAUAUGGUCAACAUUACUAUCAGCUCAUCCACGUUUUUCAUCUCAUUAUCAUGAUGUGCCUUUACAACAAUAUGGUAUUAAUUUUCGAGAUCAUCAAUUAUUAUUUGGAAAAACUUCAAUACAUGGUUCAACAUGGUUUCAAAUGGAAGCACAUGGUUUUGAUCCUAAUGAAAUUUAUGAUGAUCCAGAUUUAGUUAUUUAUCAUGGAAAAGAUUUUUUAAAAUAUCAUUUACAUCAAAUGAAUGUUGGUCCAUUUGGUUUUUCACCUCAUACAGAAAUGAAAAAUCCAAUUAUACAUCCUUAUCAACCAUUAAAUAUUAAAAGAAAACGAAAACAAAAAUAUUCUAUCCCGUUUUACCAAUAA